GUGUGUGUUUUUGCUCCAGGCGCUUAUUCGAGCAGCGUUAAUCCGCUGUGAUGUCACAGUGCGGAGGGAAGCAGGAGCUCGGAUCACCGCGGUAAUCCCGAUCAAGUCUGGAGCGAGACAACCAGAACCGAGCCGAGCCGGGCUGGGCUGAGGCGAGCAGGCACCGGGACCAGGAGCGAUGUUGACCGCAGCAGCAGCAGCAGGAGCAGGAGCAGCAGGAGCAGCAGGAGCCGGGCCUCUCCUCCACUGACACAGCAGGCUGUGCUAUGACUGCGGUUCCUGUUGGAAACCAAAUUAGCAUGUUCUGAGAAUCAACAAGUUGCUCCAACCAUGAGCCACAAGCAUCAGGGAGAAAUGAUGGAGGAACUGAGCGAGGAGCGAAAGGUUCCUGCGAGGACCCGGCAGCACAAUGGCCCGAAACAUGGUGAAGCUCCUGUACGUCGCUCCUGGAGGCCGUGUCAGAUGGUCAACCAGGACGGGGAACUGAAUCCUCAUCAUCACCAUCAUGACCAUCACCCUCCUCACCACCAUCACCACCCGUCCACAGGUCGUGGAUCUGCUCGGCAGCGCCGGCGACCUACGUCCGGUCAGUCCCAGGCUCAAAGUCCUGGUCUGGCAUCUUCCAGGCCUGAUGGUGACCAGGUCUGGGGAGCCGAUCCCCAUCCUGUCCCACUACCGCGCCCUGCCGUCACCCGCUACCGCCGUCAUGGCGACCCUAACCCCAGGCUCAAAGGUCACAGGCAGAGGCAGCCAAUCAGAGAGAUGCAGGACGCCUCGCAUGGUGUGGAAGAGCGAGGAGGUGCGGUGCAGCAAAACUCCGCAGAUAGUCCAGAAACAGACCAAUCAGAGGACAGAGUGACUCCUCACCACACUCCUGUUGCAGUAGUCACGCCCACUCAACUCUCGCCUGGUCCUGCGAGGCAUAAUGUACAACCUGGACCCCAGAAGGCGCCAACAGAGGCAGAGGCGGAGCUACAGGAAGAGAAAGUAGAGGCAGAGGCGGAUUUACUGGAAGAGAAAAUAGGGUGUGAAGAGGACGAGCUGGAGGACGUUCAGAAGAACGAUGAAGAACCAGAGCAGAGGGAGGACGGUGAAGACUGUUGCUCAAACACCGGCGACUCCAGCUCCUGCCAGGAUGUCGUGCAGACAGUUGAGGGUGGAGCCAAGGAAUGUGACGAGAACGUGGAAGAGGAUCAGGAGGAAGUGUUGGACGAUGCGGCAGAAGACGUUGUUGCUCAGGGAAGUGAACUCAACGACCUGUGCUCAGACACAGAAAGCGCAGCGUCACUCAGUUUGGACGGACCGCUCCACAGCCCGCCGCCGCUCCACUCGCCGACUCCUCCCUCCUCCCCCGAUGUCUUGCAUUUCCCCCAGCUGGACCACUUCAGCGAGGACAUGAGCAUGAGCCCCAUACCUGACAAUGACCUACCUGAGGACGAGGACCGCUCGGAGUCCUGCUCGCCAUCUCACUCCACUUCCUGCUCUGAAUCGUAUCCAAAAACCUAUGCAGACUUUUACUCAGAGUCCCACCAGAAGUCUUACCCAGAGCCUGCGUACAAGUCUUACUCGGAGACUAAAUCCCACCCCACUUCUUUCCCCGAACCCCUAAAGAAGUCCUACUCAGAGCUACACCGCGAACCACUCCACCAGACUCAUCGUAGGUCAGAGCGGUAUGAGGAAUCCUGCCGAGAACCUUUUACCAACCACAGAGAGGAGAACCUAAAAAGACUAUCUCCAUCUUUCUCAGCUGAGGAAUCCCAUCAUGCACUGAGGCAGGUCAGAGACCGAGGUCCUCAUCACUCCCCUCCAGACCGCUCUGUCGGCUGCCGGCUGCACCACUAUGACGGAGAGUCCGACAGCGAAGGGAACGGCGGUGGAGAUCGAAGCCCUGCCCUCAGAAGUCGCAGGUGUGCACCUGCACGAGGAGAACCUCAGGAAAAGAGCCCGACAUCUGGGCAAGGCAGCUCAGGUGACGCCAUCAGUCUGGCCAUCAAAGACAUCAAGGAGGCGAUCGAGGAGGUGAAGACGAAGACGGUGAGAUCUCCGUACACUCCUGAUCGUCCUGAGGAGCCGAUAUGGGUGAUGAGGCAGGAGCUCGGUCCCACAGAGGAAACCACGGCUGACCACUCUCCGUCUCCGUCAGAGUCCGAGUCUCCGUCCUGCUUCGCCUCCGCUCCGGUCAGAGAGACGGUCAGUCCACAAAGACCCGAGUCCUCGGGACAUCAUCCCCAAAAAUAUCAGCAACCGCAAUCCCAACACAAUCAACACCAUCAUCAACACCAUCACCACCAGAGGGACACGGUGAGGCCGUCACAGACACACACGCACACACCACCACCGCCGCCGCCGCCGCCCGGUCAGCAGCAGCAGCAGCAGGAGGUGAGAGGUCAAACCCAAACAUACUACAAAAUAAAAGAUGCUAAAAUCAAAAUAACGAUUUUUUUUUUCCCUCCUCAGAUUCGCAGAUCUCUUCCACCGUUCCCCACAUUUGUUGAUGUCCUGGGACCGUGUGACCCCGACGACCUCCUCGACGGCAUCAUCUUCGCUGCGACGUACCUGGGCUGCACUCACCUGCUGUCAGAGAGAACGCCCACAAAGAGCGCUCGCAUGCAGCAGGCGCAGGAGGCCAUGAGCCGAGUCAGGACCGCUCAGAAACAAGCCAAGAACAGGAAGAAGAGUCCUGAUGCUGAGACUUUGUCCACAGCUGAGGUCGAUCUCUUCAUGUCCACACAGAGAAUCAAAGUCCUUAAUGCAGACACUCAGGAGAGUUUGAUGGACCUGCCGCUCAGGACCAUCUCGUACAUCGCAGACAUCGGGAACAUGGUGGUGCUGAUGUCUCGGGGGAAGAUGGUGCGGUCGCACAGCGCGCAGGAAAACCUGGACGACGCGGACGAGCGGAGCGGAGUGAGCCACGACGACCGGCGGCUCUACAGGAUGAUCUGCCACGUGUUUGAGUCCGAGGACGCUCAGCUGAUCGCUCAGUCCAUCGGUCAGUCGUUCAGCGUGGCGUAUCAGGAGUUCCUCAGGGCAAACGGCAUCGACCCCGAGGACCUGAGUCAGCGAGAAUACAGCGACCUACUCAACACUCAGGACAUGUACAACGACGACCUCAUCCACUUCUCCAAGUCUGAGAACUGCAGAGACGUUUACAUCGAGAAGCAGAAGGGCGAGAUGGUGGGCGUGGUCAUCGUGGAGUCGGGGUGGGGCUCCAUCCUGCCCACCGUCAUCAUCGCCAGCAUGAUGCACGCCGGCCCGGCCGAGAAGUCCGGACGCCUCAACAUCGGAGACCAGAUCAUGACAGUCAACGGGAUGAGUCUGGUGGGUUUACCGCUCAGCACCUGCCAGAGCAUCAUCAAGGGUCUAAAAUCUCAGUCCAGGAUCAAGAUGAACAUCGUCCGAUGUCCUCCCGUCACCAUGGUGCUCAUUCGCAGGCCGGACCUCAGAUACCAGCUCGGCUUCAGCGUCCAGAACGGCAUCAUCUGCAGCCUGAUGAGGGGGGGCAUCGCCGAGCGAGGCGGCGUCCGCGUCGGCCACCGCAUCAUCGAGAUCAACGGGCAGAGCGUCGUGGCGACGCCUCACGAGAAGAUCGUCCAGAUUCUCUCCAACGCCAUGGGAGAGAUCCACAUGAAGACGAUGCCUGCGGCCAUGUAUCGUCUGCUGACCGCGCAGGAACAGCCCGUCUACAUCUGAACACACACACACGUCGUCCUCUCUGUGUCAUGUUUUUAAAAUCACUAAAAUCACGUGACUUUGCCUUAAUCUGUUUGCGGCGCACCGUCAUGCUAACAUGUAAAUCCCCAGUCUUGCCAGCAGAGGGCAGGUGUUUUUUUUUUUGUCUUAUGUUUUUUGACCAAAGAGAGUUUUUAGGUCGUGUUUGUUUCACAUGAAGACGACGGACGAGAGGAAAGAAAGCAAAUAAAUAAAUAAAUAUUAACUUAUUAACAGCUGUAAAAACCUGAAUGUACUCGAAUCACGUUUGGACCUAAAACGACGUGCAAGUUAAAGAGGUUGUUGUUCGACAGUGAAGUGAUGAAUGAAUGAAUGCAUGAACAGAUCUGCUGAAUAAACUCCAGGAGAGGAAAA